GUUUUGUUUCGCCUCUUAUCUUUUCUUAUUCUUAUUUUAUGAGUAAUCAAGAAAGUAGUAACUUUAGCAAUUUCUCGGAAAGUGAGACAAGCCCAAGCUUAAGCGACGCUAGUAUAGGCUAUAAGCGAAGAAGAACCAACGACACACAAGUUCAACCUACUGACUUUCUGAAUCUCGACUAUGACUUUUCGAACGUUAUGAACCCUAACCAAGACUUUAGUCUUGACACAAUACCUCAAGAUUUUCUCAUGUUUGUCAGUGAUAGUAACGAUACCACCGUCGGUGAUUAUCAGCCUUCCAGGCCAUUGGAUGCGCCUAUACCACAAGUGACUUCUUUACCACUUCAUCCUCAAGGAUUUUCAACAGAUUCAUCACUGUUCGUGCCACCACAACCGCCGCAACCACCACCAACACAAACAAAAAAACCCAUUGUGGAUACUUAUCGACAAGACGAUGACCCACCGAACCAAGCAGUACAUACCAUUGUUAGUGAUGGACCCACCAACUUUUUUGUCGAGUAUUUUAGAAGAAAAAAGACCAAAGUGAUGCAUAUCGAUAGAGAUCCAGAUAGUUUUGAAUUGAUUGUGCGUCAUUUACGAGGCUAUUAUAUUCAACCUACUGAAGACAUUCAAAACCAAUCUUUGCUUUAUGAUGCACAGUAUUAUGGUCUAAAGCGAUUACAGAAAACACUCCAAGAAUACUUGUUUUUAAAUGUAGGCGGAAGAGUCUUUCGAUUACCAUGGGAACUAUUCAAGAAAGAUGGCGCAAACAACUUUUUUACUGGUCCCUUAAAGCACUCUCUUCUUUCACCGCAUACAGCCAACGAUGGUACUGCACCACCGAUUUACAUUGAUCGUGACCCUGAUAUCUUUGAGGACAUUGUCAAUCAUCUUCGAGGCUAUACGAUUCAUAUUCGAGAUGAAAUGCAUCGCAAAAACUUAUUAAGAGAUGCUCAAUACUAUGCACUUCGACAACUGAACGAUAAACUUUUGACGGCUCAACAAACAGUAGCUGGAUUUGGAGAAGGAGCGAAUCCCGAAGUUUUGUUGCUUUUACAAGAUAUACGGGCAGUGAACGUAUUGCCUCCCAAAGCCACUCAACCUUACCUGCUGAGUGAGAUGCAUCGACCUCAAGAUUGGAGUCAGACACAGUUACAAUACAAGCGAUUUACGGAUAGUCCAGUCCAUGCCCUCUUGGUCCAAGUGGCUGACAUGACCAUCUAUAUUCACAAGACACAACACCUUCGACUCUUGUUUGACAUGCAUGAACUCGACAUGCAAAAGAUGAGGAGUAUUGCCAAGACUAUCAAGGCAUCUUCAGUCAACCAAGAGAUCUACCUAGACUCUUAUUGUGCUAUUACGAUUGAUGAUCAUCACCAAGUUCAGUCACUGCAGUACUGUUUAGACCAUGACAUGAUAGAGACACGCUGGAAAGAGUGUACUCAAUGUACUGAUUGUCAAGUAUCUCAAUUCAUGCUUCAUAGAGCCAUUUGUGGUAUUCAUCUCAUUAAUGGUAUGGUGUCCUUAAAUGCAUUACGCCUUGAGGCUAUUGGAUCAAGGUUUAAAUUAAAUUUAAAGCGACAGUUUCUCAAAUAGUAGUAAAAUCUUAUCUAGACUGAUUUGAUUGGUUGUGAUAAGCAUUUAUGGAUUCCUUUUAAAGGAAAUACGUCCCAGUAUCGACUAAUCAGAGUGUUUUUUCUCACACAGUGUACAAGAUGGUGUCUAUAUAAAUAAUGACUGAUUUUCAGUUUCUUUUUUUUUUUCUUACGUUUUAUUCAAUAUGCCUUUCCGUUGUAAAUGUGGUAGAACCUUUGAAAAGAC